AUGUCGAAUUAUUAAAAAAUCUUAAUAAAGAUGUUAACAAAAAACUAUGUAACAGAAUCCUUCUUAAGAGGAGGUGGAUGUGGAAAUUCAAAAUCGAAUCCUGUUUAAGUAUAAAACUCCAAUAAUAUCCAACCAAAUGUUCAUGAGUUCUUUUCAAGAUUUAAUUAUUAUAUUUCUAUAAUAGAUUCUAAGUCUCAUAUGACUGCUAAUGAAUAGGAAUCUUAAGAAAUAAUGAUUGCUAUUCAAUGGUUUAUUUAUUAAGAGGAAAAUAUCUAUAAUCUCAAUAAGAACACCUAAUAUGUCAAGAAAUCAUACGACCUAAUUUUAGAUGGAAUUAUUAGACUAAUAAAGAGCUGUUUAAUAUAUAUUAGAACAGAUUCAUUUAAAUGUUUGUAUAUCCUGUAGAUUACAUCAUCUUUAUCUAAAGUAAUAUUUAGCUUCCAUUUGAUUAAUGAAGAGAGAUUUAUGAAUAGUGAAACCUAAAGAUAGUUUUUAUAGAUUUCAUCAGAACUAGAAUAAUUAAUGGAAAUAGAAAAAAAUGAUUUAAUUUAAAACUAAAUGGAACUAUAUCUUAAUUUAACAAAUACUUCUUUUGAAAUAGCUCCAACAAAUUAAGAAGAUAAAGAAGAAAUUUUAAAAGGAUGUUUAAAAGGUAUAAUAAAAUAUAUAUUAACAUUGGGUGAAGAUGUUGAUUUAAUAGAAUUAUUAUUUCAAGGAGCUUGUCUUUUGUAAAAAAUGUCAACUGUAAAUUAAAAGAAAAAACAAUAUGAAGUAUAUUAUUAAUUAGAUAUGUUAUAAUGGGAAGUGAUAAAUUAUUUUAAAAAUUAUAAAUAAAAAGAUCUUGAAGAAAUACUUUCAUAAAUGGAAAUGAUUUAUGAUAAAUUAGUGAAAAAUUCUAAAAAUUGGAAAGAUCAUUAUUGUUGGAUUUAAAUGAUUGGAAAAAUCUUAAUUUAUAAUCCUUUGUUAACAAAAACAAAAUUAAUUCAGACAAAUAAAUAUCUAAAUUUAGAAUAGAAUUCAUCAAGUUCGCAAUGGAAAGAAUAUUAAAAAAAAGGAAUUAUAUUUUAAGUGAAUCAUAGUCAUGAUUAAGCUAUCAUUCUAUUAAACUAACUUUAAAAUAAAAAAUUAUUAUAAAAUGAACUAUUAAUAAUAGAGGAUAGUUUUAAAGGAUGGGAAAAUUUUAUUUAAUUUAAAGAAUUUUUAAUGAAUGAUUAAAAUGAAAAUAAUUAAUACACCUUUGGAUCAUAUUUAAAAUGUAAACUAGAAUUAAAUAGUAAAAAUAUCAACAAGGAUGAUAUUUAUGCAAUUAAUAAAAUUGAAAAGUUUUUAGGUUUCAUUCUCCCAAAUAAAUAACUAAUAUUAAUUAAAUAAAAUGUUGAAAAGCUUGGAAUUGUACUUAAAUGCUGGUAAAAUCUUACAAAAAAUAAAAAAGCUAAUACAAGGAUAACUUAAGUCACUUGCCAAUAAUAAAUCUAAAAGCUAAUUAAUAAUCUCUUAGAAUAUUAUCAAAAUACAUUAAAUAUACUAAAAAUUAUUAAGCUUAAUUAAAAUAAACACUUUUUUAAUGUUGAAUUUCUCUAAUAAUAAAAAUAGAUGGAAUAAUUUAAUAAUUUAUAAAAAUUGAAAUAUUUAAUGAAACUAUUAGAAUUAAUAUUAUAAUAAGAAAUCUAAGAAUUUAAAGAAAAAAUGGAUGAUGAAAAAAGUCAAACUUUGAAACAUAGUGAUAAAAUUGAUGAUAUAGAAAUACUUUAAUAAGAAAAAUAGUAUAUUAUGAGGGAAAUAAAAAAACUUAAUGAUCUCUAAGAUGAAAAAUUAUAACUUGCUAAUAAUUUAUAUUCUAAACUCUCUUUUUUACCAUCUACUUCUCAUAAUUAAAAAGAUUUUAUGAAAAAAGCUUUAAGUAUGAUUUAAUUUAUAUAAAUUUCUGAAAAAGAAAUCUAUGAGUUAGAGAAGUUUGCAAUUCAAAACAGUAAUUUAAUUUAAUGUUUUAUUGAUUCAUCAAAUAAUCUUAUUAUGUAUUAUUAAACAAUAGGUGAAGAUAUAAACUUAGAAUUCGAUAAAAUAAUUAAGAUUCUUAAAGAAAUAAUAACUAUAAAAUAUGAAAUUGAGGCUAUUAAUUAAACUAAUGAAUAAUCUUUUAAUAUUUAAUAUUUAUUUUCUAAUCGAUCAUCAAUUUAAUAGAUUUAUAACUUUAAAUUUAAAAUGUUAAAGUUGUAAUUAAUGUUAACGGUAUUUAAUGACUCCUUCAAAAAUAUAAUAACAUAAGCCUAAUCAGAAUAAUUAUUAUAAUUAUAAGAUGCUAUUAAUUUGAAUUAGUUUCUACUUGAUGUAAUUAACGAUUAUCCAAAGAGAAUUAUUAAAUGUAAUAGUAAUUUAUAAAACUAAACAAGAAGUGAAUUAGAAAGUUUGAAAAUGAUCCAAAAUGAAUAUUAAAAUAAAUUUUCAAAUGCAAAAGGAUUAAUAGAAUAUUUAAUAGUGAUAUUAAAUUUGGAAGAAUAAUAAAAUGAUUCAGAGAUUACAGAUUUAAAGUUACUUGAAAAGGAGUUUGGAGAAGAUUAUGAAGAAGCUUCUUUACAUUAAUUGAUUGAAAACAUGUAGAAAAUAAUUAUAUUAAUAAAUGAAACAAUGAAAAAAACAAUUGAAGUAAAUUUUAAUCAAUAAUACUAAAAAUUUGAAUUAGAAAAGUAUGAACAUUUUUUGAAAUAAUUUAAAAUAUUAUUAGAAACCAAUAACAUUAAAAAAUUAAUUGUAGUCAACUUAGAAAAAAUAAUAAAUUAGUUAUAAAUAAUUGUAUAAAUUUUGAAUAAGUCACUAAAAUAAAAUUUUGAAAUAUUUCAGAUACUUAUUAUUGAAGAGCUUGGGAAAUUAAGAGAAAUAAUAAAUUAAUAAAAUGAAAUUUUGUUAAAAUAUCAGGAAAAUAAAAUUUAAUAAAAUAAUCAAAAGAAUUAUAUUAAUAGCAUCAAUAUAAUUUUAAAGAUUUUACAAAUUUAGUAAAUAUUAAUCAAAGAAUAGAAAAACUAUUUAGUCUAAUUUCUAUAAGAAAUUGUAGAUUUUUCAAGUUAGAUUAAUCUUAUAUAGAGUUAUAAUGUAGAAAAAUAGAAAGAUAUAACAAAAUUUUUUAAUUUAUCUUAUUAAAAAUAAAUAAACAACUUUAUCGAAUUAUAAUAUACAAUCGGAAAUCUAAAAUGUCAUUUUUAAGAAAAUGAAAGUUCCCUUAAUUAUUUAGAAAGAAUCUUAAUAGAUUUAUAAUAAGAUAUAACUUAAAUUAAAAAAGAUGGAGGUAAGCCUAAUAUCUAUGAUUUACUUAAUAAAUAAAAAGUCAAAAUUCAAAACCAAUUAGAAGAGAAAAGUUAUAAAUAAUAAGAACUGUUUAUUGAAUAAGAAUUUUAUGUUUUACAAAUUUAUAAUAUUAAUUAAUUGGAUGGUUUACCAUAAGAAAUUGAUGGAGAAUCAAAUUAACAGUUACUCUUAUCGGAUUUUUGGAUUUAAAAAUUAAAACAUAAUAAAAAAAAUGAAGAAUGGAAAAUUAAAGAAGGAUUGGUAUUUGCAAUAAUAUAGAUUUCAUCAAAUUGCUUCACAGAUACAAUCAUUUCAUUUUGUCAAAAAGCCCUCAUUUAAAUUUGGGCUAAAGAAAAAGAUUAAAGAAUUAGAAAUCUAUUAAAAAACAAAAGAAUUAUAAGUUUGCAGAUGCAAUUACUGCAGAAAGAUUGGAAGACUUAACAUGAUAGAAUAGCAGAUGAAAUGUAAAAUAUGCUAAAUAAAAUUGAUGAUUUGUAAGAAUAAAUCUCUCAUGAAAUUAAUCACAAUAAACGAGAUCAAUAACUGUAGAAAUUAGAUUAAACUACUUAACAACUUGAUGAAUAUAUUGAAAAUAUAAGUGAUAUGGGUUAAUAACUUAAAUUAAUAACAGAUUUUUUAAAUUAUAUAAGAAAGGGUUUAACAAGAUUUGAGAGAAAAAUUAAUAUUAUGAAAGAAUAAUUAAAUAGUAUGGGCAAUGAUAUCAAAUUUUUGAGAGGAAAAUCAGUUGAUUAACUAUUUGAGAUUAGAAAAUGGAAGGUUUUAAAAGAAGCCGCAUAAAAAAAUAUAAAGUCUAUUUAUAUUCCAUUAAAAACUUAAGAAAAAGGUUAAUUAAAUCCUAGUAGUUUAAUAAAUUUAGAAUAAUUUGAUGAUAAAGUAGGUGAGGUAAAUGAAUUUUUGUUAGAUGAGAAGGAGACAGUAUUGUUGAUUCAUGGAGUUGCUGGAUCAGGUAAAAGUACAACAGCUAAGAAAUUAGAAGAGUUUAUUUGGAAAUUGCAUGAUAACAAUAUAAAAAUUAGUAAUCAAAUACUCAUACCUGUUUAUAUUUCCUUACCUUCUUUAAAAAAUCCUGUUUUUCAAGCUGUAGAGGAAACUCUUCACUAGGAUGAAUAUGGUUUUGAUGAUCUCUAAUUAAAAGAAUGUAAAGAAAUGCUUGAGAAGAAAGAGUUUCGAUUCUUAUUUAUAAUGGAUAGUUAUGAUGAAAUGAAAUUAGAGAAUAUUUAAAAAAAUUUAUAUAUUACUAACAAACUUAAUUAAAAUUGGUCAAAUCCUCUGGUUAUUUUUACUACAAGGAGUGAAAUUCUUACUACUAGUAAUUAUAAAGAAUGGUUUGUGCCAGAAGAUAAAAAAUAAAUAAAAGAAGUUUAACUUCUAAAAUUUGAUGAAAUGUAAAAAAAAGAAUAUCUAACAAAAUUCACAUUAUUAAGUAUUAAAGUCCUUGUUUUUGAAAUAUAUGAAUGGCAAACAUAAAUGAAAUAUCAAAGUUCUAUUGAUAUCUAAAAUUUUGAAAAAAGUUGGGAAAAAUUACACACAGAAGUUUUGAAACAAUUUAUAACAAAUGUAAAUUCUGAGUCACUAUUGAACCAAAAAUAAAUAGAAAGUAUUUUCUUGUUUUUGAAAAAUGAUAAUCAUAUUGCUUUAAAAAGUAUUGAAGCUAUAAGAAGUCUUGGUGUUAAGUUGUAAAAACUAUGGAGUGUAAGAAAGUAUGAAAAUAUGAUAAAGAUGAUAAACUUGGAUAAAUUAAUAUAAACCCCUUACAUGAUGGAGAUAAUUGUUUCGGUAUUGCCCUUGAUGAUGGUGAAAAAAACUGAAAUUAUCAACUUAAAAUAAAACUUUAUUAAGAAUUUCUCAAAAAUGUAUAGAGAAUUAUUAAAAAGUGAAUACCUAAUUAAAAUGUAUGCUAAUAAUAAUAAAAAUUAAGAAGCUAGUAGACUAGAAAUGUAAUUUAUUGAAAAAUAUGACUACAUUUAAACUGCAAUUGAAAUUUGGAAUAAGAUGGAAGAAAAUUAAAUUCCAAAUCAAUUUUAGAUAUCUUAAGAAAUUAAUGAACUAAAUAUAAAGUUAAUCAAGAUAUUUUAACAUAAUUAUAAAAAUAUUCUAGGAAUAAAAGAUGAAAUUAUUUAAAAAGUAUAAAUAAACUUUGAAAGAUUGAUUGAGUUGAUAUGUGAUGCAUUAAAAGAAUAAAAUCUCACCAGUUAUGACUUUUAUGAUGAGUUUAUAAAAUAAUAUCAUUUGAAAUAAAUUGAAAAAUAGAGGAAUUUAGGAAAAUCUAUUAAUACUGACCGUUUUCUUUAUGAUCUAUAUAAAUAUUCAAUAAAGCUGGCAAAAUAAAUGAGCAUUAAAGAAAUGACUUAAGUUUAAUAUAAAUAAUAAGGGUUAUUGUAUAAAGUUGAAAAUGAGGAAGAAAAAUGGUUAAAUGAAUUCUUUAAUGAUGAUGGUUAAGAUGGAUCUUAUAAAAUAGAUAUUAGAAGUUGUUCAUUAAUCUAAUAAAAAGGAGCUAACUUUUAAUUUGUUCAUAAAUCUAUCUAGCAAUUUUUAAUUUCAGCAGACCUGUAUGAAUUAUUAGUAUUGUCAAAGGAUCUUGAUGUGAAAAUAUUUAGCAAGUUGAUUGAAAUUUUCAUAUACGAGAAAGUUAUAGAUUGUUUAGGGUUUCUUUAAAAUGAUGUAAAUCAAAAGCAUUACGAAUUCUGUAUUUAGCUAGAUAAUUUAUCUCUCUAUGAUAAACAAUAGAAAUUGAAUAUUAUAGAAAAAAACAUAAAGAAUAUUACUAAUAUUGUAAGAAUGUUAAAAUAACAUGACCUAAAUUUAAUUAAUUAUUCCACCGAAAUUUAUGUGGAAACUAGAAAACAAUUAAUUUAAUAGAUAUUUUAAGAAAAAAAUAUUAUAGAAUUCUUAAAAUUUAUUGUUCAUCUCACAGCAUUUGAUCAAAGUUUCAUUCAAAGUGGUUCUAAUUCUCUUAAUUUAUUAGUCGAAAUGAAAGUUGAUCUGACUAACCUGUGCUUUAGGAAUAUCAAGAUCAAAAAUACCUCUUUAAUAGGAGCUAGCUUUGUUAAAUGUGAUUUAAGUGAAUCUUAAUUUGAAAAUGUAAAAAUUAAUGGAAUUAAUUUGAACGGUGCACAAUUAUUCAAUUGCAAAUGGAAAAAUCUGUAAAUGAAUGAAUUGCAUAAGUUAGAAGGACAUACUAGCGAUGUCAAUUCAGUAUGCUUCUCUCCUGAUGGCACUAUGUUAGCUUCUGGUAGUGCAGAUAAGUCCAUCCAUUUAUGGGAUGUAAAGACAGGAAAAAACAUAUCCAAAUUAGAAGGGCAUAGCCAUUGGGUGAAUUCUGUAUGCUUCUCUCCUAAUGGUACAUUAUUGGCUUCUGGUAGUUGGGAUAAUACAAUUCGUUUAUGGGAUGUAAAAACAAAUUAAGUAAAAUUUAAACUUGAAAAAUAAACGAAGUAUAUAUAAUCAGUUUGUUUCUGUCCAGAUGGCAAUACAUUAGCAUCUGGAGGUUCAGAUAAUACUAUUCGUUUAUGGGAUGUAAAGACAGGACAAGAAAAAUCAAAAUUAGUAGGACAUAAUGAUAGUGUUUUCUCAAUAAGCUUUUCCCCUGAUGGUACUAAAUUAGCAUCUGGUAGUGCUGAUAAAUCUAUUCGUUUAUGGGAUUUAAAAACAGGAAAGGAAUAAUAAAAAUUAGAAGGACAUAAUGAAAGUAUCAAUUCAGUGUGCUUUUCGCCAGAUGGUACUACAUUGGCAUAUGGUUGUAGGGAUUGCACUAUCCAUUUAUGGGAUAUAAAGGCACAAGUAGAAAAAUAUAAAUUAGAGGGACAUAAUUCUUACGUCUUAUCGGUAUGCUUCUCUCCUGAUGGAACAAAACUAGCAUCUGGUAGUUGGGAUAACACUAUUCGUUUAUGGGAUGUCAAUACAGGACAAGAAAACUCAAAAUUAGAAGGAUAAAGUGAUGGCAUCUAUUCUGUAUGUUUCUCUCCUGAUGGUACAAUAUUAGCAGCUGGAAGUGCUGAUAAAUCUAUUCGAUUAUGGGAUGUAAAGACAAAACAAGAAAAAUUACAAUUAGAAGGACAUAGCGAUAGUGUUAAUUUUAUAUCUUUCUCUCCCGAUGGCAUUUCAUUAAUAUCUGGAGGUUCUGAUAAUUUUAUCCGAUUAUGGGACAUCAAGACUGGAUAAGAGAAAUUACAAUUAAAAGGACAUAGUAAGUAGGUUUAAUCAGUAUGCUUCUCUCAUGAUGGUGCUACGUUAGCAUCAGGUAGUUUUGAUAAAACGAUCCGUAUAUGGGAUCUAAAGACAGGACAAGAAAAAUUAUCAUUAGAAGGACAUAGUGAGAAUGUAAAUUCAGUAUCCUUUUCUCCGGAUGGUACUAUAUUAGCUUCUGGAAGCUCUGAUUAUAUAAUUUGUUUAUGGGAUUUAAGGAAAGGAUAAAAAUAGUCAUCAUUAGAAGGACAUAGUGAUAGUGUUAUUUCGGUAUCUUUCUCUUCUGAUGGGAUUAUAUUGGCAUCUGGUAGUAGGGAUAAUACUAUUCGGUUAUGGGAUAUUAGAAGAUUAUAAGAGAAAUUUAAAUUAGAAGGACAUAAUAAUUUUGUCUAUUCAGUAUGCUUUUCUCCUGAUGGAAAUACCUUAGCAUCUGGUAGUUGGGAUAAUACUAUUCGCUUAUGGGACGUUAAGAAAGGAUAAAGGAAAUUACAAUUGAAAGGGCAUAUAAAAUAAGUAUAAUCACUAUGCUUUUCUCCUGAUGGUACUAUUUUAGCAUCUGGCGGAUGGGAUAAUGCUAUUCGACUAUGGAAUGUUAAGACAGGAGAAGAAAAAUUUAAAUUAGACGGACAUAUUAAUUAAGUUCUUUCGGUAUGCUUCUCCCCUGAUGGUUUUACAUUAGCAUCCAGCAGCGCAGAUAAAUCAAUUCGUAUAUGGGAUAUAAAGGAUGCAUUAUCAAAUCAAAUUUCUAUCCAUUCUAAUUAAGAUAUACUAAUUUAGAAUUCAGAUUAUUAAGACCCAUUAGGAAUCAGUAAAAUUAAGUAUUAGUAAUAUUUUAGUUAGUAAUAUUCUUACAAUUGUACUUAUUUCCCAACAAGGACUUUUAGAAGCAUAAGGAACGCAAAUACAAAAAGGUUCAUUCACCAAUCAUUUGGGAAUGGAUAUGAGAAUUCAUUUUAAACAAAAGGGAGCCCAUCUAUUGGAACAUUAGCUAGAGUCAGAAUAAAAAGCAGUUUAAAUUUGA